CCGGUGCCGGCUGCCGCGCUCCAGUCCCGAGCAGCCCGGGUGUGGCUGAACGCGGCGGGGAGGACGCCCGGAGAUCCGGGAGCGGGGCCCCGAGAUGGUGAGCGCGGGGGCCGGAGGGGUGGAUCGAACCCGCCAGAACGAAGUGGAAGCGGCCGCGGACGCGGUGGUCUUCGCGGAUGUGGCUGUGUACUUCACCCCGGAAGAGUGGGCUUUGCUGGAUCGUGGUCAGAGGAGGCUCUACAGAGAGGUGAUGCUGGAGACCUGCAGGAACCUGGCCUCGCUGGUUUGUCUCAGUCAAGAUAAAAGGAGUGCAUCGAGGACUCAGCAGAAUAUUUUGCAGAAUGAGUUACCCAGUGAAGAGAAAAUAGUCAUAUUUGCAAGAAAUGAUUCAUGUUCUGUUUUUGGAGAAAACCGGAAAUUCCAUGGCAGUGGAGAUCAGACCCAAACCCAGGAGGGGCAUUUGAGAAGUCAUUUGGUGGAGCAUGUCUGUGAAAGCAAUGAAGGUAAUCAAUGUGGAGAUACCGUAAACCAAAUUACUAGUUUUACUGUGCAUGAGGAUUGUACUACUGGAGAUAAAUCCUGUGAAUGCGUUAAGUGUAGAGAAGCCUUCACAGAUGGAUCUUUCCCUGAGAACCCAGGAAGAUCUCAUCCUGGACACAAACCUAGUCCCUGUGAGGAAUGUGGGCCAGCCUGCAGCUGUGUCUUGAGCCGCAGCACUGACUUGGACGCAGACCUUGUAGAAAAACCCUAUGAACGUCGUGAACAUCAGGACUCUGGCACAGCAUUUAAGAGAUACUUGAAGAAUCUCAGCAGUAAAAAAUCUUUAGAGUGCAAGAAAUGUGGAAAAGCUUUCACACGCACCUCAUCCUUUCAGGAUCAUGUGCAAGGUCGCUGUGGACAGAAUGUCCAUGUGUGUGAUGUAUGUGGGAAAGCUUUUAUGUAUAAUUCUGAUCUUACACGUCAUGUGAGAACUCACACUGGGGAGAGACCAUAUAAAUGUGUGGAGUGUGGGAAAGCGUUUAGGUCUACUUCAAGCCUGCAAAGACAUGCGAGGACACACGCUCGGGAAAAAUCCUCUAAAUGUCAGCAAUGUGGGAAAGCCUUCCCUGAUCACUACUCGCUUGAAGUACACAUGAGAAGACACAAAGAGGACAGACCCUUGGAAUGUAAGGAGUGUGGGCAAAGUUUCAGGGAGCAUCUACCUUUUGAACGUCACAUGACCACACACAAUGUAGUGAAACCCUAUGAAUGUAAGGAGUGUGGCAGAGCCUUCAGGUAUCACACAGCCCUUGGAGUACAUAUGAGGACACAUACUGGGGACAGACCCUACAAAUGUAAGGAGUGUGGGAAAACUUUCCGGAAGUGUGAACAUUUUAAACGUCACAUGACCACACACAGUACCGUGAAACCCUAUGAAUGUAACCGGUGUGGCAAAGCCUUCCGGGAUCACACAGACCUGCGAAUACAUAUGAGGACACACACUGGGGAAAGACCCUAUGAGUGUCAGCAAUGUGGGAAGACCUUCAGAUAUCUUGGAAAUCUGCGAGAACAUGUGACAACACACACUGGGGAGAGACCGUAUGAAUGUCAACAAUGUGGGAAGACCUUCAGGUAUAACUCAUGCCUGCGAGAACACAUGAGGAAACACACUGGGGAGAGACCCUAUAAAUGUCAGCACUGCGGAAAAGCCUUCAUUCGUCACCACACCCUUGUAGUACAUACUGUGAGGAGGCACUCAGAGGGUGGACACUUGGAAUGUAAGGAGUGUGGUGAAGCUUUCAGAAAGCAUCGACCUUUCGAACGUCACAUGGCCACACACAAUGUCCUGAAACCCUAUGAAUGUAAGGAGUGUGUCAGAGCGUUCAGGUAUCACAGAGACCUACAGGUACAUACGAGGACUCACACUGGGGAGAGACCCUUUAAAUGUCAGCAGUGUGCGAAAGCUUUUAAGUCUCCUGCAAACCUUCGCGCACAUACGAGGACACACGCUGGGGAAAGCCCCUGUGAGUGUCAGCAGUGUGGGAAAGUCUUCUCGACUCCUGGAAACCUGCGAGCACACAUGAGGACACACAGUGGAGAAGGACCCUGUAAAUGUCAGCAGUGUGGGAAAGCGUUCGCCUGUGCUGCGUCCUUACGAGUACAUACGAGGACACACACUAGAAAGCCACCCUAUGAAUGUCACAGCUGUGGCAAAGCCUUCAGGAGUCCAUCACACCUGGAAGCACACAUGCGGACACACACUGGGGAGAGCCCUUUUAAGUGUAUGGAGUGUGGGAAAGCUUUCAAUCGGCCUCAGUGUUUUCAAGAUCAUUUGAAAACGCACAGCACAGUUAAACCCUAUGAAUGCAAGGAGUGUGGGAAGGAAUACAAGUUUCCCUCAUCCCUUCGAGUGCAUAUGAAGAAACACACUGGGGAGAGACAUUCACUAGUCACCGCUCCCUUCAAGAACACAUGAGGAUGCGCAGUGGACAGGAUCCCUUUGAAUCUAAGGACCCUGGUAAGAUCUUCCAGUGUCCCGUAGACCUGCAAGUACGUGUGAUGACACUCACUAGAGCAGAACCAUAUGAAUGUCUGCACUGUGAGAAAGCCUUCCAUUGUCCCUCUUCCCUUCGAGGACACAUGUGAAAGCACAGUGAUGUGAAACCCUAUGAACUUAAGAACCAUGGAAAAGCCUUCAGGUACCUCAUCAAUCUGGGAGCACAGACAUGAUGUGGGAAAGCAUUUAUUCUCCCUAAAAUCAUUUUUAAAAUGAGAGCCAAUACCUGGAGAUGAACCUGAAUGGACACAAUUUUGGUAAAUCUUCUGGUAUCAACUUUAUGUAUUUUGUUCAUGAAAAUGUCAGUGGGGCAGAAAUCGUUUCAUUGUUAUAAACACGGUUUUGUUUUUGCAAGUGCCUCUUCCUUGAUAGAGAUGCGAAGUGUCUUAAUUCCUAGUUCAUGUCGCUGAUGUGAACACUAAUGAUGGUCAGUGUCCUUUGUCCUCUGCAUCUCUACAACAUACACUUUGUUAUCUCAGACUUGGAGUAAUCACAUGGUUAUGUGAAACAUGUCUCUUUUCCAUUACAGUGUCUCUUGGACUCAGGUUGAUAAGAAUGUGUCUGUGGGAGGGGUGUGUGCAUACAACUUUAUAUAACUUUAGAAAAAAACUUUCUUAUGCUCACAUUCCAAAAUUCUCUUAAUCUAUGAUCAUCACAUGAGACUUAUUGUUGAAAGUUCUUUUCUGGGGCGCCUGGGUGGCUCAGUUGGUUGAGCGACUGCCUUCGG